AUGUGCAGAAAGGUACAAACUACAGGGUAUACCCGACUGACUGCCAUUAUGACCACUGCCCUCCGCCCCCAGGCCACCGCUCUCAUCACCGGCGCCGCCUCCGGCGUCGGCUUCGCCCUCGCCAGGCUGUUCCGCGAGAGAGGCCUGCACCUGGCCCUGCUGGACAACGACUCGGCCAGUCUGCAGAAGGCCAAGCAGAUUCUGGCAGCGGCCAACAGCUCGCUGAAAACCGAGGCGUACGCCAUCGACGUCUCCGACCGCACCGCCUGGUCGACUGUCGCAUCCCAGGUGCAGCAGGCCUUUGGCGGAGUCGACCUGCUGGUGCUGAAUGCGGGGAAGAGCUACAAGGCGCAGGGUCAGAGUGAGGGACAGAAAUUGAAGCAGUGGGAGGAUGUCGAGUACUGGAAGAGGACAUACGACACCAACGUCUAC